GGUCCAAGAUGGCGGUCUACGAAUCGUUGCAACUACAUAUAACAGGAGACAAGUUCCUGAUUGAGCCCCAGAAUGCUGGAGUCAGUGAACUCCUUGUGAUUGACAGGAUAUCACAGGAAAUCUCUCUUGAGGCUCCACAGUCUGUGUUACCAGGGACUGAUACAUUUAAACAACAGAUUUAUGGAAUCUUUGGUGUGAUACGCCUAACAGCAGGGCCUUACCUGAUUGUGAUAACGGGUCGAGAAAAGGUGGGGGAGAUUGGCGGCCACACAAUAUGGCGGGUCACGGAUACAUCUAUGUAUUCCUACCAAAAGACCAUGCUCCAUCUGACAGAGAAACAGGUUAUGGACAACCGGACCUACCUGUCAAUGAUCGAGCUGGCUUUGAAAACAGAAAGUUAUUACUUCUCCACAACAUACGACAUAACACACUCAUUGCAGCGACUACAAAAUACCAGUCCAGAUUUCCUCAGCAUGUCUCUACAUGAACGUGCAGAUGCUCGCUUCCUUUGGAAUGGCCAUCUGAUGAAGGAGCUCGCACAGCAAACAGAACUCGGUAGAUACUGUCUCCCGAUUCUCCUAGGAUUCAUCACUGUGAAAUCUUGUAACAUCAACAACAAACUAUUUGACUACAUUCUGAUCUCUCGGCGAUGUAUAUACCGGGCUGGCACACGGUUCUACGUACGAGGGAUAGAUACAGAGGGACAGGUGGCUAACUACGUUGAGACGGAACAGAUAGUGCAAUAUGAGGGGCAGAAAUGCUCGUUAGUACAGACAAGAGGAUCAAUACCAGUAUUUUGGAAACAACGACCAAAUUUAAAAUACAAACCAAAAAUAGCCAUCGACACAGCUAGUCAUCAUGAAGUGUUCCAGCGCCACAUAGAGGACCAAGUGUAUUUCUACGGAGAGCAAGUAGCUGUCAAUCUGAUAAAUUCAUCAGGAUCAGAAGGCCAGUUAGAAAGGGCUCUAUCCCAGUCUAUCACCAGGCUCCAGCAUGAGAGACUCAGAUAUGAGUAUUUCGACUUUCAUCAUGAAUGCCGAAAGAUGAGAUGGGACCGACUCACUAUUCUGAUAGACCGUUUAUCUGAGGACAUCAACAGAUUCGGGUACUACAUGGUGGGCAAUGAUGGAGCAGUCAGUACGUACCAGAAAGGAGUGUUCAGGACCAACUGUAUUGACUGUCUGGACAGGACUAACGUUGUACAGGGUUUAAUUGCCAAGGUUGUUCUACAGCAACAACUAGGGAGACUUGGUAUAACAGAAACUGGACAGAAAAUAGAUGAUAUUUCAACUUUCAAAACAAAGUACAACAACAUAUGGGCAGACAAUGCUGACUGUAUAUCCAAACAGUAUGCAGGCACAGGUGCCCUCAAAACAGACUUUACCAGACUUGGUAAGAGGACGAUGAUGGGACUGAUGAUGGAUGGCUGGAAUUCUCUCAUCAGAUACUUCAAAAACAACUUCAGCGAUGGCUUCCGUCAGGACUCCAUAGACCUUAUCCUUGGUAACUAUGUUGUGGAGGAGAACGAAGGUGUGGUCCAUCCUACACCACUACAAAAGCAGCGGGACUGGAAGUUCUAUGCAAUUCCUGUGAUAUUUGUGAUUGCCCUGGCGAUGUGCAUGAUCAGCAUACUCAUGCCUGAUGAGGAUAUGACAGAACAAUUUGUCUACGUGCUGUUCUGGGGAUCAGCUAGCAUUAUCUCCAUGGCGACCAUGUACAUCUACGGUGCUGCGUUCAUAGACAAUCCAAAACUUGUACACACCCGAUAAAUGUGGAGAUCACAAAUAUUUGAAUUUCUUACUUUUCCCGGUAACACUUUCCUUCUCAUAUGCAAGUUUUGCUAAUUCAACAACAACAGUGAUAAAGGGGAAGACAUGAGGGCAAGAUGUCAAGGUAAUCUUGGCGGAAGUAUUCUAUUUAUCACUGAAGCUAGUCUUAAACAACUUUCAGAACAAAAUUUAAGGACUGAGGUCCUGCAAACUUUCCAGGAAAUGCUAGAUUUGAGCAGAAAGAGCCCUGAAGUUUCAGUGCCCGACUAAUUACAUACAAUUUUCACUACUUGAAUAUGUCACAGUAAAACUACACUGGUUUAAUGUAGUAAUUUGUGAUGGUUCAGAUUUUGUGGUUAUAUUUUUGGGGGAAAUUAUAAAACAGGACUUAAAGUUCCUUCAUCUUACUUUCAAGAUAUAUAUUUUCCUGAUUAGAUUCAAUCUUCAAAAAUAGGGAAAAAAGAAGAGCUUGAAAAUAUCAACCUGUAGUGUAUAUGUUUGGGGAGUUAUUUCUGAUGACCCUAGGAUUGUAAAUAUUAGGAACAGCAAAUUGUCAUCAACUGUUAUAGCAUGGUAAUGUUAAAUCAGAUGUCAGUUGUGGUGCUGAAAUUGUAUGCUAUUUUUACAAUUUAGACUGUGUACAUUGAUAUUGACAAUUAAUUUAUUGAUUUACCACAGCACUUUGUCUACAUUGGGGACAAUAUUGUCCAAUAGGGGGGAAAUUAAUUUUUAACACAAUGGCACUCACCCAGUAGAUUUUCACAGAUAAAACACCAUACUUCUUCAUCUUAUAUAAAUAGUAUAAGGUUAUUGGGAUUAUUAAAUUGAUGAAAUUAAUAUGCAAGUAUUUAGUAUCAUUGUUUUAAGAGUUCGGUUAUUGGAGUUAUUUCUCUGUGGUACAUAAUAUCUUAGCCCUAUCAUGCACAGUCAACGGUAUUUUAUGAUAAUCAGUCAUGGUUUAGAUUAUAGAUGUUUGUGUGAUAUUGAAUAUUGUGAUGAUGAAUACAAUAUAUUAUAAACUUAAUAUGAAUGUUAUAACAAUUAAAAGGCAAGUUCUUUCCACUAACAUUUGACCAUUUUGGCUUUGCCUCAGCCUAUUUCACAUUUUCAAACCUCAGGUUUUUUUUUAUCAAACUCGUGCAUCUUACAUAUGUAGAGUAAUAAGACCAAGUCUUAAAAAAAAUUUUGUCCAAACUAAUUUGUUGGUUGAAAAACUAAGUAUACAUAUUGAUAUAGUCUAACGUGUGCCAUGGCCGAGUUGUUGAGAAUUCCCCUCAAGGUUAUUUAUAGAAAUCCAUAUUCAUUGACAAAGCAAAUUGACCAGUGUACAUGAGUAUUAUAUGUACAGGUUCCAGCCAAUGAGAUUGCUUAACAACUUGAUUUUAAGAAUUUAGUUCUAGGAUGUCUAGUAUAUCACUGACCAUUGUAAGUAUUUGGUUGCUAUUUUUGUAUUUUUGGUGCGUGUUCCUAUUUAUUUUUACCACAAAGCAUAAUCUUUCUCAUAAUUAAUUUUAAAUAUACAACAGUUUAAUUUAAAGUUAUUUCCAUUAAAUUAAGAAAAAGUUCUCACAUUGAGUUGAAUUAGGGCUACCUAUAUAGAUAUUUGAAAUACUUUCCCCACCCUGCCCUCUGGUGGUUCUUCAGACUUUGAGUAAAAUUAGGAUUACUAAUAUAAAAAUGUGUGAAACACUCUUACCCUGCCUGCCCUCUGUUAUUGUCCUUCAGACGUAAGUAAGAGUUACCAAUAUAACGAUAUGUGAAACACUCUUACCCCGCCUGCCCUCUAUUAGUUGUCCUUCAGACGUAAGUAAGAGUUACCAAUAUAACGAUAUGUGAAACACUCUUACCCCGCCUGCCUCUAUUAUUGUCCUUCAGACUUAAGUAAGAGUUACCAAUAUAACGAUAUGUGAAACACUCUUACCCCGCCUGCCCUCUAUUAGUUGUCCUUCAGACGUAAGUAAGAGUUACCAAUAUAACGAUAUGUGAAACACUCUUACCCCGCCUGCCCUCUAUUAUUGUCCUUCAGACGUAAGUAAGAGUUACCAAUAUAACGAUAUGUGAAACACUCUUACCCCGCCUGCCUCUAUUAUUGUCCUUCAGACUUAAGUAAGAGUUACCAAUAUAACGAUAUGUGAAACACUCUUACCCCGCCUGCCCUCUAUUAUUGUUCUUCAGACUUAAGUAAGAGUUACCAAUAUAACGAUAUGUGAAACACUCUUACCCCGCCUGCCCUCUAUUAUUGUCCUUCAGACGUAAGUAAGAGUUACCAAUAUAACGAUAUGUGAAACACUCUUACCCUGCCUGCCCUCUAUUAUUGUCCUUCAGACGUAAGUAAGAGUUACCAAUAUAACGAUAUGUGAAACACUCUUACCCCGCAUGCCCUCUAUUAUUGUCCUUCAGACUUAAGUAAGAGUUACCAAUAUAACGAUACAUGAAACACUCUUACCCCGCAUGUCCUCUAUUAGUUGUCCUUCAGACCUAAGUAAGAGUUACCAAUAUAACGAUACAUGAAACACUCUUACCCCGCAUGUCCUCUAUUAGUUGUCCUUCAGACCUAAGUAAGAGUUACCAAUAUAACGAUAUGUGAAACACUCUUACCCCGCAUGUCCUCUAUUAGUUGUCCUUCAGACCUAAGUAAGAGUUACCAAUAUAACGAUAUGUGAAACACUCUUACCCCGCAUGCCCUCUGUUAGUUCUUCAGGAUUCGGGUACACACAUGCCCUCUGUUAGUUCUUCAGGAUUCGGGUAGCUUUUCCAUCAAUAGUUCAGAAUUGCCAGCUACCUCAAACAUUGUGAUGUUACAAUGUUAUUAACUUCACGAUGCUAGAGUCAUGGUCUCAUAAUUUAUAACUGACUUUGUCACGUUUGUGCAUUGCAAAGGAAGAGCAAAUGUAGUUAUGCAAUAUUAAUUGUGUUGGGAACAGUAAAGAUACAAAUCCAUGCAUGUACCAUUUUACACCUUGUACAUUGUGUGUACACAGUUUACAUUGUGUGCGUACAAAGUUUUCGUUACAACAAGGCUUCAACCAUGCGUAUUUAUGAAAGAGUAAUAUCACGAAUGGAUAACCCAUAACAAAUAGCUAUAUAUUUAUAUGUUUGAAUUUGAAAACAACUAUCAUCAAUUAAAAUGAAACAUUAUUUUCCCGAAUUUUGAAUUAUUUACAGAUGCUUUUUUCCAUAUAAUAGUGCAUAUUCUACAUAUUAUACAUGUAUGUAUAUAAUUGAUAGAGCAAAUAUGUGUUUAUAUGAACAUCAAAGCAUAAGGAUAGGAGGAGGAUUACUGAAUAAGAAAUAUAUCAAAAAAGAACAAAUGCCUAGUCUGAAGAAGCUUCAAAAUGAUGCACAAACUGUAUUGGAAUGUUUUGGUAUUUUCACUGGUAAAUUACUGUAAUAGUCUUGUUAAUUAAGUGGCUGAUGUCUAAGAGAAGAUUGCAAAUCAUCACGAUCAAUAUUAAUAUAUGCAUUACAUGAAACAAAAGUUACAGGUUAAACGUCAACAUUAAUAUGACCAAUAAAAAAUCACAACCAGGUAGGAUGAUCCAAAGUUGUAGAUUUUUGACUAGAAGGACCAGAGAAAUAAAAAGGAAGAUAUUUUUAUGAUUUAUUAUCAAUAUCGCUUCAUAUCAAGUAUGAAUGACUUAAAGGAAGCUUGUUAAUCUGUGAUUGACUAGUGUUUCCCGUUUCCAUGCAAGUCACAUUAGUUUUACUUACUUUUCUCAGAUUUUUGUCAUAGGUGAUGUGAUUAAUUGUUGUCGGUAGUGUCCAAAUGUUUUUUGCAAUACGGCAUUGACAGAGUGAUCUGUCAUGUUACUUUUUAUUUAAAUAGUAAACAUCAAAUAAAACCAGCAUUUUCAUCAGUUAUAAAGUCUAGUCAUAAGUUAUCAUGGACGGGAACUUUCGAAAACUAUUCCAACAGAGAUGAAAGCUGAAGCGGACUGGUUCGUCCGACCUGUCUUUUGUAGAACAACUACCGUAUCCAUUAGCAUUAGUUCAAAGAUGGUUCUCUUGGACACUACAGUCAUUAUAAUUUUAUUAUCUAACAGCAAUACAUUGUAGUUCAUAGUCAUCAUGAAGUCAUGAUGAUAAACUGGUACAUUUUUUCUUUGCUAGAACCCCUGUUCAACAGGGUAGAUUCUUAAUAUCUGAUAAUACACCUGUCUACAACAGAAAUAUUCCACUUGGGUCAAUGUGACAGUUCAUUCUCUCCCUGUCGUAUAUUUUGUUAUUUUCAGUGUUUUUCGUCAACGAAUACAUUCUUACGUUUUAACGCUAACAGAUGUGUAUAACUUAUACCCUUGUACAAAUUGGAUUAUGUAAAUAAAGAAGUCGAUACAU